CCGUGGAUGGCCGAUCACGCGUCCUCCCCACCAGCGCCCUGGCUCGUUUUUGUUUCCUCUGCUUCUUCCGCCUGCUCCUUCUUGCCCUGCACAUCCGCUCUGGCUCGAGCCCUUGAUAUACACGUUAAGUUCCGCGCAGUUAUUAUAUCUAAUAUCCCUGGGCCAGCAAUGCGCUCGGUCAUCGUGCUCCUGCUGCUGGGCGUGCCCCACGUCGCGGCGCUGCAGGCUGGCGUGGAGUCGGCGUCCGAGAGGAAGCAGAGGGUGCUGACGGAGCUGACGGAGCACGUCGAGGGCCUGCUGCAGACCUUGGACCAGGGGGCGGGGAAGGGCAACCAGACGGUGCCGCACGUGAAGCUGCAGGCGCACAAGGCCCACGGGGAGGCCAAGAGCGAGCACAAGCAUCAGGCCGCGACGGAGCACAAGCCCAAGGCCGCAGCUGCUGGCCAGCACAAGGCCAAGUCCGCCUCGCUCCACAAGCAGGAGCAGAAGCACAGUGCGAAGGCGAAGUCCACCAGCGUGCAGAAGGGCAAGACGGGCGAGGCGAAGCUCCAGCUGCACGCCAAAGGGAAAUCGGUGGCCCAUCACAAGGCCAGCGCCGGAGCGAAGGGCGAGCACAAGUCCAAGGCUGAAGGCAAGAGCCAGCAUAAGGUCAGCGCUGCGGGCUCAGUGGAGCACAAGCACAGCCAGCAGCACAAGGUGAAGGCGGAGGCCAAGGUCCAGCACAAGUCCAAGGCUCAGGCGGCAGGCCAGCACAAGGCCCACGCCACAGCGAAAACACAUCACGCGGCGAAGGCGGAGGGCAAGGGGCAGCACAAGGCCUAGAGCGAGCUUCCGUAGCUGGGUGCGAGCAGGGGUACAAGGACCACCAGGCGAUGAUGCAGGCCAGGGCGUGAUGUUAGACCACCGUCGUGGCAGAAUUGAUGAUAAGCAGAUAUCGAAAUGCGCCUCCCAGCUGUUACCACCCGAAAACUUCAUUGCCCGUUUGGUCUGUGCCGCCGCCGCCGCCGCUGCCGUUACACCAUUUUGUUCUGGCGUCCUGGUGCAUGGCUGGGGAGUGCAUCACGACAUGGCAACCGACGAGCAUGUCCAGCCGCGCCGCCGCCUUCGCCUGCCCCCGUGCUCGGGUGCACAGGGUCGGGGCGCA